GUUCAGUGCACCACAUAUUCUAGCGAUCAGAGUGAUCUUUGAAGGCGGUGAUUUGGAGAAUGACCCUCUAGGGUCGCCCCUUUGGGCCAAUUCCGAACAAGCUGAAGACUGCUUUGAUUUCCUCGAUGCCAUGUCUUCGUUACUUCAGCUUUAA